UGGCAACUGAUGUAUAGAAAAUAAAACAUACAAAUAAUUUGUCCGUGAAAGAAUAUGGCUAUUUAAAGUCAAACUCAUGAUACAGAAAGUGCGGAAACAUCACUUUUUAUUUCUGCAUUCUCAUCAAAUCUGCAGUCAAAUAUCUAAGAUAACCCAGGUAAUAUUAUCUGUAACUACGGUCCUAAAUUGCAGAAUCAAAAUCUAUCAGCUGAUUUGCGGUACAUUUCAACGUGUUCCACGUACGUCAAUUGCAAAUAUUCCAUUCUGCCUGAAAUUGGUAUUAGAAUGAGAAAAGUCUUUUCGUCUUGAUAAUACGGAUAAUGAAAAUAUCAGUGUAUCCCAGUUCUUGCCGAUAACAGCAUGUUUCGAACGAGUCAGCUCAUUAUCGGUUUUUGUUCCCCUUCUUAUCAGAGAACUUUAUGGAAACGUUUUAUCGGCACAAUGCCGAGUCGUUUGGUGGCAGUUUGUCAGAUGACUUCAGGGCCAGACAAGGAAAAGAAUUUUGAAGUAGUUCGUGAUCUGGUCGUUGAAGCAAAGCGGAGAAAUGCUGCUAUUGCUUUUCUUCCUGAAGCUUGUGAUUAUUUAACCGACAACAAAAAAGAUAUUGUUGCCUUCGCAGACACUCUAGAUGGAAAUUUAGUAAAACAAUACAAAGAACUGGCAGCACAAGAAAAAAUAUGGUUGUCUGUCGGGGGUAUUCACGAAGCGGUGCCUGAAAAUCGGGAAAAAGUUUUCAAUUCCCACCUUAUAAUAAACGAAAAAGGGGAAAUUGUUUCGGUGUAUCGAAAAUUACACCUGUUUGAUAUGAACAACAAGGCAACCGGGGUUCGGUUAAUGGAAUCCGAUUACGCAAUGAAGGGUUCCAAAAUUGAAUGGCCAGUUUCUACCCCUGUUGGAGAAAUUGGACUUAGUAUCUGUUAUGAUAUGAGAUUUCCAGAACUCGCUUUGUGCCUGCGGGACAUGGGUGCCAAAAUUUUGACCUAUCCUUCAGCUUUUACAUAUCAAACUGGUGCCGCUCACUGGGAUGUAUUACUUAGAGCUAGAGCUAUAGAGUCCCAAUGCUAUGUAAUAGCAGCUGCUCAAACAGGAACUCAUAAUAGAAAAAGAGUCAGCUGGGGUCACGCAAUGAUUGUCGAUCCCUGGGGUUCGGUUAUAGCGCAGUGUUCUGAAGGAACUGGAAUAGCGAUAGCAUCGAUCGAUCUCGAAUCACUCCACAGAACCCGUCAAAACAUGCCAGUUGAAAAUCACCGACGCACGGAUAUUUAUCCAGAAAUAAAACCUUUAAAUUUGUGAAGUAC